CAUCAUCAUGACAACAGAGAAGAGUCUAGCGGCGGAUGCCGACAGUUCAGAGCAGCAGCAAGCCAAGGAAGAGGAAGGAGCUGCUGAAACACAAAAACAAGAGGCUUCCCUAGAGGAAGGGGCUCAGCAGACGUCGGAGGGACAGCCUGCGGCGGGGCAGAAGCCGAAGGCCUCCAACGGCGACACACCCACGCACGAGGAGCAGAGCAAGAAGGAGCGCCGCACCUCCGAGGGCCGGGGUCUCUCCCGCCUGUUCUCAUCCUUUCUCAGGAGGCCCAAGUCUCAGGUGUCCGAAGAGGACAAAGACACUGAUGCUCCUAAAGAGGUCAGAGGUGACCAGAAGGACCCGGGAUUAGGAGCCAACCCUGAUGAAGAUAUUUUGGUGAAAGCCCCAAUUGCAGCUCCUGAGCCGGAGCUCAAAACUGAUCCAUCGCUAGAUCUUCACUCCUUAAGCAGUGCGGAAACACAGCCUGCGCAGGAAGAGAGGAGGGACGACCAGGAGCCGACCAGCACAGACCUCGGGGGCAAGGAAGGAGGGGAAGCGAAGGAAGAGGGGGCCAAGCCAGAGCUGAAACAAGAGACUGCAGAGACCAAAGCAGAGAAGGAUUUGAAAGCUGCCCAGAAAGCAGUAAAAAGACACAGAAACAUGUACUGCAAAGUCGUCUUGCUGGAUGACACCAUUUUUGAGUGCGCCAUGGAUAAACAUGCCAAGGGGCAGGAUUUACUUAAAAAAGUCUGUGACCACCUCAAUCUCCUGGAAGAAGACUACUUUGGUUUGGCCAUAUGGGACACGCCGACCUCCAGGACGUGGCUGGAUCCUGCCAAAGAAAUAAAAAAACAGGUUCACGGAGGCCCCUGGGAUUUUACCUUCAAUGUCAAGUUUUAUCCACCGGACCCUGCGCAGCUGACGGAGGACAUAACCAGGUAUUAUUUGUGUCUUCAGCUUAGACAAGACAUUAUUACGGGGCGGCUGCCCUGUUCCUUUGCAACUUUGGCUCUGCUGGGAUCCUACACAGUCCAGUCCGAGCUGGGAGACUACGACCCUGAUCUACACAGCCCAGAUUACAUCAGUGAAUUUAAAUUGGCCCCAAACCAGACCAAGGAGCUCGAAGAGAAGGUUAUGGAGCUUCAUAAAACAUACAGAUCCAUGACUCCAGCCCAAGCAGACCUGGAAUUUCUUGAGAAUGCAAAAAAGCUGUCUAUGUAUGGAGUCGACCUUCACCAAGCCAAGGACUUGGAAGGAGUGGAUAUCACUCUGGGAGUCUGUGCCAGUGGCCUUCUUGUUUACAAAGAUAAACUGAGAAUCAACCGCUUCCCUUGGCCCAAAGUCCUGAAGAUUUCCUACAAACGCAGCAGCUUCUUUAUUAAGAUUCGGCCAGGGGAACAAGAACAGUAUGAAAGUACAAUUGGGUUCAAGCUACCAAGUUACCGGGCAGCGAAGAAGCUGUGGAAAGUAUGUGUUGAACAUCACACGUUUUUCAGGCUGACUUCCACCGAGGCCAUCCCCAAGAGCAGGUUCCUGGCACUGGGCUCCAAGUUCCGCUACAGCGGGCGGACGCAGGCGCAGACGAGGCAGGCAAGUGCCUUGAUCGACCGACCCGCUCCCCAGUUCGAGCGGACGGCGAGUAAGCGAGCCUCCAGGAGCCUCGAUGGAGCUAAACGUGCGACUCAAAAAGUUGAGUUCAGAGCCGUAGAGGAAGAGAAGCAGGAGAAGGUGGUGGUGGUUGAGGUUCCCGAACCGAAACCCAUGGAUCAGAUCCGAGAGAAGACAGCCAAACACACUCUUGAAGCUUUUGAAAUGAAACCCAUUGCAGAGGAGGAAGAGGAGGAGGAGAAGGUAGAGGUGGUUAAGGUUCCCGUUGCCAAGCCGCGUUUCCCGGAGCCGUUGCAGACGCGGUCAGCCAAACGUGAUCUUGGCAGUGUUGAGAUAAUCCCAAUUGAAGAGGAGGAGGAGGAAGAAAAAAUGGUGGUGAUGAGAGAACUAGAGCCGGUCUCGAAGGAGUCAGCAGUGGCUGUGAUAACCCCCGAGAGGAGUCCCCGUCCCACCUCUGCCCCGGCCAUUGCUCAGAGCCACGCUGCAGAACCAGUCCCAGCUAAGCCCGGCUUGAAGGACGCGGUUGCUGCAUCUAAAGUAGAAAAGGAAACAGUGAAACCCGAUGUGAGACGUGAAGAAAUCCCACCGGCAAAAGCCAAGCCGGAGCCAGCCGAUGCAUCAAAGGUGAGGAAAACGCACAUUGAGGUCACAGUACCCACCACGAAUGGUGACCAGCCCCAGCAGCAGCCUGCAGAAAAAGAGGAAGAACUGAUAAGAAUGAGGAAGGAUCUAGAUAAGACCCAAGAAGAAAUAAAGAAGCAUCACGCCAACAUCAGUGAAUUGAAGAAGAAUUUUAUGGAGUCCGUCCCGGAGCCUCGGCCGAGUGAAUGGGACAAACGUUUGUCCACUCACUCCCCUUUCCGAACCCUCAACGUCAACGGGCAGAUUCCCGUGGGAGCGGAUGGAGUCAAGAAAGUCACUGUCCUAUCUUCUGAGAGACAGGUUGGUGGGCUUGAGACACAGGAACGUCCUCUGUUAGUACAGGAUGAAGAGAAACUAAAAAAGCAGGCGAUACCUACUGAGACAGCCUUUCCCCGGCAAGCAAGUGGAGAAACUCUUCCAAAGGUUUCUAUUCCAAUUCCUGAAGAGCAGAAAUCACUCAAAAAGUGUCAGCUCUACUCUAGCAUUUUUCCUUCUCCACGUAUUCCCUUUAUGAUGUCCUUUCUCCUGGUCGUAGCACUGACUGUUUGGUGGCUGCUCUUUCUCUGAGUGGCAACAGGGUCAUGUUGAAACCUCAAGACCAAAGCUCCUGAAUUUCUUGGCCGUAGCCUCUGCUGCAUCUUCCUUGUCCUGGUCUUUGAUCUCUGUAGUUCACUGUCCCAGGGAGGGACAGCCUGCGACCGUCGUGUUAAUCCUGCUGUGUGUCGUUGUGUAGCUGUGAUCCGGGACCUGGCAGGAGUGGUCAUGGAUUGCCAGGUCCAUUCUGAAGUUUCCUAGUGUGCAAAAGCAAAUUCUCUGAACCGUGCUCCUGAUUGCUGUGAGAGGGCAGACAGGGAGUGUAACUAUAUGGGAGGAGACGUUUGCUUCUUCAGCUCCUGUAGAUGCCACAUAGGAAUUGCUGAAGACUUGCUUUUAAGCUUGUUUUAAAUGUAAGAUGUUCACAAGCUGAAGAACAUUUGAUCCUGAUCCAAAAGAGGCUUUACAGUAAUCUGCUGAAUCUAAUCCAUAACCACUCCUUUUCUAGGAAACUAAGAUUGGCAUUUAAAUAAAAAGUGUUGAUUAUCAAUGCUGCUGUUAGUGUUAACUUAGAGACAGGGACGGGCAACUUUUCAUUUUCCCAGUGGGCGAAGCCUUUUGCAAAACAUCGCAGCUUCCUUCUCGCACCCCUGUUCUUGUUCCCAAGAAAAUACAUUGUGUUACAGGACAAAACCCUUUGCAAGGAAGUGUUUAUUGUAAACAUAGAUUAAUCAUUUUUCUGAAUCUGGUGGUCUUGGUGCACUUCAGAUGUGUUUUAUUUAAUUUGUGUUGAACUAACUGACGCAUGUUUGCUUAGGUCACAGGAAUGGAGUAACCUGCUGUUAGGUAUGUCUCCUCUGUUAGCAUGUUGACUUUACCACAUCAGGACACACUUCUAAUGUUAAAGCCAUCGAUUGUUUUGACUUCUCUAACAAAACCCUUGCAUGCUGCCCUUGUUUAUUGCCUACAAAUGUAAAUGUCUGGAUGAUGCUCACAUUUAUCCGAGUUACCCUGGUUGAGCUGUGUAGGCUCCAAGAUGAGUUGCCCAGCUGGGCUGAGCAGAACUGGUUUGCGAGCUGGAGGGAAGAUGGGACUUUGUGUCUAAGGGGUUUCUUUUCUGUAUAUACUGCUUACGGGACUGAACUGAGCCAACUGCUUCUCCUUUCGGUAGUAAUCUGCUUUCUGUUGCUUUCUCUGGAGGAUUGGUGUAGACACAAUUACUUCUGAGAACAGCCACCAGUACCAUCAGUGUUGGCAGCUGCUCCAGCAGCACAGAAGAGAAAGGAGUAGACCUUUAUUACAGGGACUAAAAUGUGUGAAUAUAUAUAAAUAUAUGUAUUUAUAUCCCUUUAUAGAUCUGUAUCUGUGUGAACAGUGUUAUUUAGGAAGCUAGCAGAUAAGCUUGCAGGAAAAAGACAUAAGGCAAAUAUGGCAUGUGCUGUCUGAUCUGAAAGAUCGUGGCGUAUCACGGACCACUUGAGCCUCCUCUCUCUUGCUCCCAGUGUACAGGUUGAGGCUUUCUAAAUGCUGUCUCAGAAACUUAGGUCGCUAGUGAAACCCUUUGUUUUAAUCUCGUGGGAAUCUUUCCAAUUAACUCUCGUAACCUGCUCUGAUUGAGUUCACCGGUUUGUGCCUUUAGGACUUUGUUUUGUGAGGAUGCUGAUUUUCCAUUGGAAAGUAUUCUUCCCUUUUUAAUACACUGCCUUUAAUACACAGUCUUCCUCUUUCAGCAGCUGAAGCGCAGAAGUCGCUGGGUGGUUGUAGGGAUGUACCACGGUGCGAAGGAGAGCUGUGGGCAGCGCGACCUGCCUGCUGCCUGCGGGCAGUGCUGCUCGGCGGGCUGCCUGCCUGCGUCCUAGGAGCACGCCCUAGAAAGCACUUGAACUCUGGCGAUCUUUGGCGUGAAGUUUAGGAAGACUGUCUUGAGAAAGGUGGGCCCUGGAGAGUGGGAGAGGUGGGGAAGGAUGGUGAGGUGCAGGGUGGAAGAAGCCUGGGGAAUGCUUCUGGCUGGGAUUCCCCGCCUGAGUCUCCUUCCCAAAAUUGGAACAGACAUGAUGAAAAACGGGGACUGUUUGUUCUCCCCAACUUGGCGUGGAGAGGGAAGGGACAGGAGUUGUUCAGAUCUCUCUCCAUUUUCUGUCCGUGUUUCCUGGAGAAGAGCAGCUUAAACACACACUUGUUUCCUUCCAAAAGCCAUCGCUCGGGUUAGCUGCCGUGAUGCUGCUUUGGGCACUGUUGAGGUCACUGCAUCUUUCUGAGCUGAUGACAAGUACUUUGAAGCCAUACCAAUGGCUUUUGCAAAGCUGUGGGUUCUGUAGCUCUUACCUACCAUUUCCAAAGGACCUGAAGUUUAAAAAUCUUUGCCCAGAGCAGUGUUUGAACAUAGUGCUCAGGGUAUCUUAUCUCAGAGUGAUGAGAGAUGCACUCUGUCACUUAAACGCAAUUCUUCAACUUCUUAAUUAAAACGGUCUCUCUCUUGCUUUUCCUUUUUUAAAAUCUUGAGAUAAGGCUGGUUAUCAUCAGCAAAAAAACUUUGAAACUUUACAUUCUGAGAAUGCUCAGGAACAUUUUUGGGAUUUAUAUCACAAUCGUCACUGCAAAGUAUAAAGAAACUGAACAAAUGCUUUAUAUUUCUAUGGCAAUUUAGAGGCCAGUUAUCUGUACUCACCCAUAGGAUCUUUACUGACAGAGAAAGCCUGUAGCUUAUCAAGAGCAGAAUCCUCAUUCCUCCGAUGCUGCAGUGAUGUGCCCGCUGUGCUACAGCUCCUUUGCCAGUUGUUCUUCUGCUUUUCCUGUUUGCUCGUAAGGCAAAGGGAGUUACAGACAUGCUCCGUGGCAAUCCACAUAAUGUCUCGUUCCUACACGUUAUAUAUCUCGUUCCUGCACGUUAUGUAUCUCAUACACGUCGGUGCUGUGCUGGUUGAUUCCUGGUUUCACCCUUUUCCCUCGAUGUCCGCGCGGGAUGCGGUGCUG